AUGGCUGAUGAGACUCACGACUAUCAGGCCAAGGAGCAGAAUGAGCCGCACCCCGCGCCCGACGGUCGUGCCCCCGACCCCGACCGCUCCUCGUCCCACGGUCACCCGCCGUCCUCGCCCUACGAGGUCGGUUACCGCUACCCGGGCUCCGAGGCCGACUGUAACCCCAUCGGGCCCACCCCUACCCCCGCGACCUACCGCGACGAGGCCCCCCCGGCCGACCUCGACCCCGACUCGUGCUCCCCGUCCUACCACGACGCGGGCCACUCGGCCAACCACGGCCCCGACCCGCUCUCCUCGGCCUACCCCGACACGAGUUCCCCCGACUCGGUCUCCCAGGCCUACCCCAACACGCUCGCCUCGGCCUACUACGGCUCCCACUCGCUCUCCCAGGCCGACGCCUACGCGGUCGCCACGGCCGACCACGGCUCCGACCCGUUCUCCCAGGCCUACCCCAACACGGUCGCCACGUCCCACCCGCUCUCCCCGGCCCACCCCAACACGAGCUCCCCCGACCCGGUCUCCCAGACCCACCACGGCUCCAACCCGUGUUCCGGCGCCGACCAGGCCCGCCCCAACUUUCACCCUGGUGCCGCGGCCGCCGACUGA